AACAACAAUAAGAAAAUUGAUGUAAAAGCAAGUUAAAUUUUUGAUUGAACAAAGAUAGGACAGGACAGGACUUCCCUGACGCAAGUGAAUAAAGCAAAAAAAAGGCUUACAUGUUUUGAAUUGGCAAAUAUAUAUGGUUUAAAUUAGUACAAAAUAAAUGCAAACGACAUAAAUAAUUUCUAAAUUUCAAAUAAAUUGUCUUUAUUUCUCGUAUGUGUUUUACAUUUUGUUCUACUUGUGUGCGUAAGCAAACUGAUUUGCCACUUCCCACAAAAUCUCGUAAAAGGUCGGCAAAGUUGAAAUCACAUCCGGAAAAUAUGAAUAACGCAACAUUGUGCAAAUCGCUAAGGGUGCUAAUAUGAUGAGGCGUCAUUUGUCGGUUAAAAAUUUCCGAGUGGACGGUCGCACUAUCAUAUGGUUUUGCUGGAAAUGUAAACAAAAACAUAUGGUUUUACAGCUAAAAGUAAAGAAAUCAACUUGAAGUCCCAACCCGAAAAUAGGAAUAACGUCUCAUUGUGUUGUCGCCUUAAUUGUGUACAAAUCGAACGAACGUUGUUAAGAAGAAAAUAUACAAUAAAAAUUUUACACUUGCGUUAGAGAUUUUGUGUUUCGAUAUUAAUUUGAAUGGAAGCAACAAUGAUUUGUCGCUUGUGCUUAAAAGAGGUUAAUGAAUUUAAAAGUGCGUUUGCCGUGACGGAGAAUAAACCAACCAUGGCUUCAGUAGUCAGAAUUCAUUUCUGGUUUGAGCUGCAACAAAACGAUCCCAUAUCAACAGUAAUUUGCAAUAGUUGUUGGUGUAAGGUUUCCGAUUUCCAUGACUUCUAUAAAAGCGUUGAGGAAGCUCAGAGUCAUCUGGGAGAAAAUGUCACAGUGAAAAUUGAGAACAUUAGCGCGGAGCAUUCCAUAGAAAAUGUGAUGAUUCCAUCAUUUUCAUUGUCGAGUAAACAGGAACCCGAAGUCAAUUUCGACGAAGUUAAUGAUGAAGUUCCUUUUGACAUGACGACGGUUGAAACGCCUAGUACGCGUACAGGUCUCAGAACCGACGACUCCCAUGACAUAUGGAGAAGCCAAAAAAACAGUGAUAACAAUGCCAUUGAGGAUAUCAAAGACAUCAUUGACUAUAAAGAUGAAAUAUUCAGUGAUCAUAACUCCGACCCGGUUAACAGAACAACUUUUGCAGAAAAUGAAGAAAGUAAUAAAGUAACCAUAAACAAAAAAGGAAUAAAUAAAACUAAUAAAUUGUCAGUUAAGGCACAACGGAAAGUCCCGCUAGCACAGAAAAUUCAUUGCAAAAACGGACGUGCAGCAAAAGUGCCUGAAGUAGAAAAGAGCAAUGUCAAAAAAACGAAGGAACUCUCUGAACAAGCUAAAGCUAUUCGUGAACAGGGUUUAGCCUUUGACGGAGAAAUCGCCAAGUUUAUGUCAUUGCAUUGUGAACUUUGUAAAGUAACGGCUACGAAUUUUAGCUCCCUUCAUACCCACAUGCUUGCAGAACAUAAAAUCAAUGGUUACGUGAGAUGUUGUAAUAAGAAAUUUUCGAAACGUUUCGCACUUCUGGAUCACAUACGACAUCAUUCAAAUCCUGAGCGUUUCAAAUGUGAGCAAUGCAAUCGUGUUUACGCUAAUCGAAAUUCAAUGCGCACUCAUUUCCUUAGCAAGCACAAAAACGACAAAGAGAAAGUAUUUACUUGUUCUCAGUGCCCUCAGAAAUUUUUCAAAAAGUAUUUACUAAGAAAACAUGAACUGUUCGGGCAUAGUGAUCAUAAAAACGCCUGCAUAGCCGUCGAUGAGGAGAUAGCCAAUUUUAUGCCAUUGCGUUGUGAGCUGUGCAAUGAGGAGUCUACCAAUUUUACAGCUCUUAAAGGACACAUGCGUGAUGAACACAACGUCAAAGGCUACGUCCGAUGUUGUAAUAAGAAAUUUUCUGAGCAUGGUUUACUUGUUGAGCACAUACGCGCCCAUUUAAAUCCUGCAUGUUAUAAAUGUGAAGAAUGUAGUCUUGUCUUUCCCGAUCGCCAGUCUAUGCGCAAUCAUUUCCUUAUGGAACACGGAAAGAUGGAAGAUAAACCCUUUGCUUGCUCUCUGUGCUCUAGCAAAUUUGUUACAGUAUAUUUGUUACAUCGACAUACAGCAGUUGUUCAUGGUGACCAUAGCAAAACCUGCAGCAGUUGUCGGAAAAAAUUUGAAACUGCCGCUCAAUUAUCGGCUCAUGUUAAGGAACAAUGCUUAUGUGAUACAUGCGCGGAAGUUGUAUGCGGCGCUGCUGCCCUUCAACAUCACCUAUUAAAACAUAAGAAGAAUUAUGUUGAAAUGGAAGAAGAAGAAUGUUCAUGAUGUUUGCAACACGACGCCGCUCCGACAACUUAAUUAAUUCGUAAAAAUGGUAUUCUCGAUACCUUCUUAAUCCCAUGAUCCUCAAUUCAU